UUGUUAUUCAUCAUAAAACAUUAUUCAGUUAGUAGAUAGUUUCAAUUCGCACAUUUCUGUUUGAUUCACUGAAAUAAUGGAAUCUAGACUUGUAUCAAGGUGUAUUUCACCUCCAGAACGUAUAUUAAAACAAGUCUGUUUUAUACUGAAUAACAUUACUGAAUAUAAUCUAGAAAGCCAAGUAGAUGAAAUCAUUACUAUUAUACCGCAUCAUUUUACUCUAUGGCUUGCUUAUUCAAUUCUAAGACGUGUUGCUUCAGAACCGAGUCAGCAUAAUCUAUACUCUAAAUUUGUAACAAUGAUUUCAAAGCAUUAUACAAAUUUCGGGACAUUUAUGUUAGAAAUCCUAACAAAAGAAAUUGAUUAUCUAUUAAAAAUUCCAAAUCCUAAUGUUUAUAAUGGUAAAGUAUUAAAAUAUUUUGGUGGAUUUUUGGGUCGUCUAACAAUUGCACGUGAUAUUCCUUUACCAGUAGACAUUAAAUCAUUGAUUUACACAACUUAUAAACAUAAACCCAAUUCAUUGGAUUGUAUAAUAUCAUUUAUUUCAGAAUUAUUAAAAAAUGUAAAAUAUAGUUAUCAAAUAAAACCAUCCAGUCCAUGGGUUAAAGAAAUACUACAAGUGAUUAAAGAAUUACAUCAUUUAACUGAUAAAUUAACCAUACAAUUUGAAAUUGAACUUUUAUUCAGUUUUCUAGGAUGUGAUUUUAACGAAUGGAAUUCUGCGUAUUAUCUUAGACUACUUAAUGAAAAUGAAAACAAACAAUCAAAUUAA